AUGAGCAGCACAGGGAGUGUUGGACUGUACUGUUUGCCCAAAGUGAUUACGCGUCAGUGCGAUCGCACGAAGCUUCUGUCGGAGAAACGUCGGAGCCUCUGGCUUGCCCGAAUAAAGAGAAAAGACUUGAAGAAUCUUGACAACGUUCGAGUCUGCGGUCGUCACUUCGUAUCAGGCAAGCCAUCGUCCCUAAUGGACGAGACCAACCCCGACUGGACUCCGAGUCAACACCUGGGGCAUGGUGGUGGUGAAGGCUGUUCGGCCAGCGCAACGCGCUACUACCGUUCGAAGGAACGAGCAGCGAGGAAAGCCGUUGCCGCGAAAUCAACUUCUGCUUGCAGUAAUAACGACGCCGGUGAUGAGGAUGAGGUCCCAAACUUCUCACUGACCACAGAGCAGGGGAGCAGCUCACUGCCCCCAACUUCUACCAAUGACUCAGAGAACAAUAGAGACGCUGCAGUGCAGACAGAUCUGACCAUUCAAGAUGUGCAAGCGCUUGAGCAAGACAACAUGAGACUCGCAUCAGAGUUGCAUGCAACAAGAAAGCAGCAAGUGAUACUGAUGGAAGAAUCCCUGCGUGAAGACCCAGGAAAGGUGUUCUUUUACACGGGACUGGCCAACUUUGCAAUUCUCUUUGCCACGUUCAAGCUGGUUGAAGCAGCUGUGAAGCAUUCUCCACAGAAUGGCCUGGAGAAGUUCACAGAGUUUGUAGUUUUUAUAAUGAAGCUGAAAUGGAACAUCCCUCUGCAAGAUCUUGCUUACAGGUUUAACAUAUCAUGCUCAACUGUUAGCAGGAUCUUCGACAAGUGGCUGCAUGCAGCAUUUUGGCGCUUAAAAACACAAAUUGUAUGGCCAUCAAGACACUACAUCCAGAAGACAAUGCCGCAAGCCUUCCUGGACUCAUUUGGGGAUAAAGUGACGGUCAUAAUUGACUGCUUUGAGAUAAAGAUUGAACGUCCGUCUUCCCUGCUCCCAAGAUGUGAGACUUGGUCCCAAUACAAGAGUAGCAACACAGGCAAAUACCUCAUUGGCAUCUCCCCUCAGGGUCUUAUAGUGUUUAUAUCAGAAGGUUGGGGAGGGCGUACAAGUGACAAGCAUAUAACAGAACGUUGUGGCAUGUUGGACAACCUAAGGGAGGGUGAUGUUGUGCUAGCAGAUAGGGGUUUUGACAUUGCGGACACGUUAGGACUAUACCGUGCUAGCUUGCACAUUCCUGCAUUCACCAAAGGGAAGAAACAGCUCUCAGCAUUAGAAGUUGAAAACACAAGGAAGCUUGCCAAUGUAAGGAUCCACGUGGAACGUGUAAUUGGCCUGGUACGCAACAAGUAUGUAAUUAUGAAAGGUGUACAGCCAGUUGAUUUUGUGACUUGCAAAGCAGGAGAUAGGUUCACAACGCUUGACAAGAUUGUGACUGUCUGUUGCGCCCUUACGAACCUCUGCCAUUCUGUUGUCAGCCCAAAUCCAAAGGUAGCUGAGUGA